GUUUGGUUCUUGGGGAACUUCGGCGCAAGACUGCGACGGGAGAUCCACAUCGUCUCUUCUGAUUCAAGAUUUACAUCUGGAAUAGUUUCAUUUUGGGUUACCAGCGCCAUGCAGGGGGCUUCUAACGAGAAUAUAUCAUCGCUGCAAAUUCCAGCAAUGAAGCAGAAUCAGCAAGCAAUCGACUUGACGUUUUCAACUAUGCAACCACAACACGACGUUCAACACGGAGACGACGUUUUAGACCUCCGUGUCAGUCGUCCCAGCGAAAGAGUUGUCAAACGGGAAUGCCGUACUGAAUCACCGCCUCCCGUCAUUAUGAAUCAUCAUCGGCCUUCAACUUCAACACUUCAUCCUUCCGUCCCAUACUCACAUAUUUCAUUACAUACAAAUGUCAAUGCAUUUCCUCAGCCAACAGAUACACCCGUACAACCUUCUAAAAUAAUUACCCCGGUGUCAGUCUCAAGUACCAUUCCGGUGCCAUCGUCUUCUGUGAUCUCUUUUCAACCCGUUCCUCUCCCUUCUACUUCUGGAGAUUCAUUACAGUUUCCUUAUCUUCCACAGUACAUGCUGUACCAUGCCAUUCCAUCAACUGAAGUUCCAUUGACCUUGGAAUCAGGUUCAUCACCAGAAAACAGCCUAUCAAGUAACAGUGCCACUGUACCAUCAUCUCCUUCCCCAGCACCAGGUCUUGAACCCAUGCUGCAUCUAGCAAAUCCCCUCCCCAUACCAAAUUCAGUUGAAAAUCAGACUAAGAAAUGUACGAGACCCUUCAAAGCUGUGUCCUUCGAUAUAGGAGAAGUAAGCGCGCUGUACAGCGAGUCUUUUGGACAUUUUAAAGAGGAGGUAUAUGCACAAGCUAAACUUGUGACAAAGAGUGGUAAGGAUAAGAAGCGUCCAGCAAAGAAGCUCUCCCCCAGCCCUCAGCCAUCGUCAUCGACCUCUGAACAAAGUUCUCCGAAUGGAAAGGACGCCGCAUAUUUGGAGAAACGGAGGAAGAACAAUGAAGCUGCAAAGCGAUCGAGAGACGCCCGUAGAGCAAAAGAAGAUGAACUUGCUCUCUGGAAGGAAUUCUUGGAGCGAGAGAACCAGAGGCUAAGAUAUGAGUUGAUGCUUCUUAGGAACCGUGGCGUCCAAGUCAUGACCAGCAACUGCGUGUGCACUUGCUCGAUGGCUCGUACGUGAGGCAGUGACCAUUCUUAUCUGUUAUUCUUUGGGAUAACAGGAUACUGGAUGAAAGAAGAUGAUGAUAGCAUGCGAGCAGGACCAGCGUAGACGAAGCUGAAAGUUGAAAGCAGGCGAACAAAUGUGGAAACCAACUGUGAUAGAGAUUCAUAGGUUUUGUCAAUGGUAGGUCUUCCGGGCUGUGACGCCAUGUGUGCUUUUGUUUCAGAGGAACACCGUCUUCAGCCCUGAAGAAGGCAUGUUCCUCUGAUAUGUUGGUUCACGCGGAAUCACAACCGAGGUGACCCAUCGCCAACAUUUCCUUCCCUCAACCUCAAAUUUAUCUUACUUCAGCUCAGAAACAUAUAGAAGAGUAGAUGUCUGGAAAUGAGAUACGCUGUGAAGUUCUAAAAUUAUUUAACAUUAAUAUGUUAAUUUAUUAUACCAUGUCAUUACUAUUAAUAUGUAGCACAUAUGCAGAAGGAGCAACAAAUAUUUAGCUGACUGCAUUCUCACACAUUCAGAACCUUAUUUUAGAGAUUGCAUUUGGAUAUCUUUACUUAACGCAGAUAAACUCAUGUAACAAUUUUUAA